AUGGAAAGUCUGCGCGGGAUGAGCGGUAACAAUAGCGGCCUCAUUGCCUGGCUGUCAUCAUUCAUCGAGUCGCCGCAAGACCCUACCUCCGCAGCCCAAUCUCUGCAUUUAACUAUCGAGCCCACUCUUGCGAACGAGGGUGCUCUCUGGUUCCCGGACUUGCUGGCUGGUGAUCCGACAGGUGUGCUGCCAAUUUGUCUGACUGCGUCGAUCUUGGGAAACGUUCUGAUGGGAUGGAAGGUCCGGCCUUGGAGGCAGAUCCCGCUCCUUUCAAAGACCGAGAUGUACAAGCAGAUUUCUUUCACCGGGCUGCGGGCCUUUGUUAUAGUUUUAACAUGCUACAUUGGCUUCGCAAGCUUUGUUCAAGGGAUGCCAACUGCGCUUAUGCUUUACUGGAUUACCAGUACCAACGUUGCCACGCUGCAGACUUGGGUACUGGACAAUAAGGUGUUUUCACCGGUGAUGUUCGACCGCUUCAUCGAGAAAUCCAUCGCUUUCGAGAAGCCGGGUGACAAGGACCCUUUCCAAUUGAAAAACUUGCGCUGA